GUACCUGUGUGUACAUAAACAAUACGUCAAUAAUAAUAUAAACCAGCGAUUUCCUUAAUUUUUUCCUUCUAAGUUCUGCAAAAUAUAAAUAUAUAUUGCACAGUAAAAUAUUAACUUACUGCUGAUGUAAAAACAAUAUUAAAAAUCUAACCACUCGCAUAAUAUUCAACAAGGUAUAUAAUCCAUUGUUACAUAAAACUCUGAGAUUAUGUCAACAUUGGAGGAUAAAAUUUUGGGAGAGAAGCUGCACUACUAUUGCAGCAGCUCUAGUGAAGAUGAGGAAAAUGAUUCUGAAGAUUCCGAUAAGAAAGAAUAUAAUGAUGCAAAAUGCACUGAGGACAACGCGCAAUAUGCUGCGCCUGCAGAAUGGGAUGGGGUUUCUAAUAAUACAGGACCGAAAGGUGUCAUAAGGGAUUGGCAAAGGUAUAAGCAACUAGAAGCAGAAAAGCGAGAAUCACAAGAGAAAGAAAAGUUGCAGUUAUUUAAGAAGCUGAGUUUAACAUGCCGCAGUGCUCUGGACGAAGAGAAGGAAAAGCUAAAUGAAACAGAUCCAGAUCUGGCAAAUUUAUUGUCUGAUGAAUUCCUAUUGGAAUAUCAAAAACAGAGAAUGCAAGAGAUGCUUGCAAAAACAGAAAAGCUUUACUUUGGAAAAGUUUUUGAUUUAGAGAGUGCAGACCAGUUCUUGCAAGCCAUUGAUGAAGAAGACAAGUCAGUGACUAUUAUUGUUCAUAUUUAUGAAGACAAUGUACCUGGCUGUGAAGCUAUGAAUGGAUGCUUGAUAUCUCUUGCUAAAGAAUAUCCUCAUGUAAAAUUUUGUAAAAUUCUUGGAUCAAUUGCAGGUCUCAGCAAAAAAUUCAAAAAAUUCGGUUUACCAGCAUUGUUAGUAUAUAAAAAAGGACAAGUUUUAGGAACUUUUGUACAUAUGACAGAUCACCUGGGAAUGGACUUUUACUCAUCAGAUGUAGAGAUGUUUCUCAUUGAACAUGGAAUGCUUCCCGAUAAAAAUUGUGUACCUCUCAUCAUUUCGAAAAACGAAACAACUUCUGAUAAGAAAUGAAAAGAGAGAAAACUUAAUAUUAUCAUUUUUUUAACAUAAUUUAUCGCGAUCUCUUAACAAACCGCACGCAAUAACUUAUUAAUUAAAAACUACACAAUAUAGAAUAUUUAUCAAAGGUGAAUAAAAUAUAGAGAUGACAAAAUAUAAAAA